UUACGCGUGGAACAACACUGUCCGUUGGAUGGUCAAAGCCAAGACCGUAACUCACUCAUACCGGCCCAGAUUUAUUAUUGAAACUGUGAGAAAAACUGUAGAGAAGAAGUAGAUAGAUUUUCAUGUUCCCCACACACACUCUCUCUCUCCCUCUCACACAAACUUUCAGUGUUUCUGUGUGUGAGUGAGCUUUGCACAGCUAGCAAUCUCGAUACAGUAUUACUGUACAGUGCAAAAGUCCAAGUAAACUAGAGAUUCAGCAAGAGAUUGGAGAUCCCAGAGUUCCAUAAAAUUGAGAUCACUUGAACAGUAGAGUGAGUGGAAACUGCAGUUUCCAUGGCGGCGUUGCAGAGAUUCUAAUUCCGUGCCAUUAUUCAGCAACUUCCAUUCAAAGUUCAAACCUAGUAGUGUUACUACCCCUUCGCGAAGGUUCUAUAUGCUAUAUAUGGAUAUUACUAUCGGUGAAUUGUGGAUCGUUUCAGCUUUUGGGUGCAAGUGCAAUAGAUGGCUGGUUUGUUCUCUCUAGGCCCACAAAACAAGUUAGAAGUUGAAAAAGAAGAGAGUAGCGUGUUGUGGUUCAGGAAUGAAGAGAUCUACAAUAACAACAACAAGGGUUUUGAGAUAUGGCCACCGCAGCAGAAUUUGUUGAACUACAACAACGAGGAAAUCACGUCCUUGUGUGAAGCUGCUUCUAGGAGAAGAUUUGGAAUGAUGAUGAGUAGGCGUGGUGGUGGUGGUGGAGGCGUGAACUGUCAGGACUGUGGGAACCAAGCGAAGAAAGACUGUGCACAUCUGAGAUGCAGAACUUGCUGUAAGACCCGAGGGUUUCCGUGCCAAACGCAUGUCAAGAGCACUUGGAUUCCCGCUGCCAAACGCCGUGAACGACAGUUAUUGCGCGGCGGAGAAGAUAACAAUGUUCCUAAACGUCAUUCUUCAAAUCCUCCAUCCUCCACCACAGGGUUGGAAGCGGGGCAAUUCCCUACUGAAGUGAACUCUACGGCGGUGUUUCGGUGUGUGAGAGUGAGCGGAGUGGAGUGUGCGGAGGAGCGGUGCGCGUAUCAAACGUGUGUCAACAUCGGAGGGCAUGUUUUCAAAGGGAUUCUCUAUGAUCAAGGUCCUGAAAGUUCUUACACUACUAGUACUGUAGUUGGUGAGGGUUCCUCCGCUGGUGGUGGUGGAGCUAAACAACUUGGCUUCGUAACUGCCACUAACACGGCCACAACCAGCGGAAACCCCUAUUUUGACCCUUCUCUAUACCCGGCUCCCUUAAAUGCUUUCAUGGCUGGUACGCAUUUUUUCCCACCCUCAAGAUCCUAAAGACCUGUCUCUCUCUGUAUAUUAUACAAAGGGUUUUGAUUCAUUUUCUCUUGAUGGUGCUGGUGUAUUUCCGGUGUGAACAAAGCAUGUUUCAUUUGAACAAUAGAUGAAACUUUAUCA